AUGAUCUUGCGUUCAAUAAGUUAUUUAAAUAUGUCAUUAAAUCCAGAUCGUGUCGAUGAACCAAUAGAUCGAAAUGAAAUACGUGAAAAAGUACUUGCACUUCUCAUUUCAAUGACUGUACAGCUCAAAUGUCUUCUAGUUGAACAAUUCGAAUGGCUCUUACAUGUUAUUCAAUACGCAUCGAACGAAUUAAGAACGAAUGUAUUAAGUAGUGUUCGAUAUGCUGAAUUUUGUCUUCCGAGUUGUCAUUAUGGUUACAACAAAGCAAAUCAUAUUGGUAAAUAUCUUGUGCCUUUUCUUAGCACACAUAUGCCUCGUUUACAAACAUUACGUCUUUGGUGA